GGAGGGGGGACAAAACAGAAAGUCUCCAUGCUCUUUGUCUCAUUCUUCCCUCUUAUCUCUGGAGUUACAGCCAUCCCUAUCUUACUUUCAUCUCUCUCUCUCUCUUACCGACAGAAAUGGAACCCCAUUGGCUUGUCAUUUUUGGCCUUGCACUCUCACUGACAUCGCUUGGAAAGCCAGUUUCUUCUUCAACUCACUGUGAUUUUCCAGCCAUCUUCAACUUCGGAGACUCGAAUUCGGACACUGGAGGUUUAUCGGCAGCAUUUGGGCAAGCUGCUGCCCCACAUGGAGAGUCCUACUUCCAUGGCCCAGCCGGACGGUAUUGUGAUGGCCGUCUGGUCAUUGAUUUCAUAGCUGAGAGCUUGGGAUUGCCAUAUUUGAAUGCUUACCUUGAUGCUGUGGGAUCGAACUUCACGCAUGGGGCCAACUUUGCCACUGCUGGCUCCACCGUUAGACCCCAAAACACAACCCUUCAUCAAAGUGGUUUUAGUCCUUUCUCUUUGAAUGUUCAAUGGUAUCAAUUCAACGACUUUCAUCGUAGAACACAAGCCUUUCGCAGUAGAGAAUGGGUUUUCCAGGAACUAUUGCCCAAGCGGGAACAUUUUUCUCGUGCUUUAUACACAUUCGAUAUUGGUCAGAAUGACUUGACGGCAGGUUACUUCCUCAAUAUGUCAACCGAUCAAGUUAGAGCAUAUGUUCCUGAUGUCUUGGCUCAGUUCACAGACAUUGUUAAGGAUAUCUAUGGUCAAGGAGGCAGGUCGUUUUGGAUACAUAAUACCGGCCCCGUUGGUUGUUUGCCUUAUAUCUUGGAUCGUCUCAAGAUCACAGCUGCACAAGUGGACAAGGCUGGAUGUGCCACUCCAUUCAACGAUGUGGCUCAAUAUUUUAAUCGGAAGUUAAAACAGGUUGUGGUCCAACUUCGGAAGGAUCUUCCUCUGGCUGCGAUCACCUAUGUCGAUGUUUACUCAGUGAAGUACUCUCUCAUUAGUCAAGCAAAGAAACAUGGGUUUGAGGAGUCGUUGAGAGCAUGUUGUGGCCAUGGUGGGAAGUAUAACUACAACAUGCAUUUGGGAUGUGGGGGAAAGAUAAAGGUGCAUGGAAAAGAGGUUUUGGUGGGGAAGCCCUGCAAAGAUCCAGCAGCUUGGAUAAACUGGGAUGGCGUCCACUACACUCAGGCUGCUAACAAAUGGGUUUUUGAUCAAAUAGUCGGUGGUUCUUUCUCUGAUCCCCCAAUUCCAUUGAAACAGGCAUGCCAUAGGUAUUCAUGAUGAUUUAUAUUAUAUGCUUAUUCUUCCUCGUUUCCAUUGGAACCGGCUUAUUUCCUUUUGGAUUUUCACCAUUUAUAACGUGCGUAAUUAUUUUUGCUAUGAA